AUGGAAAGUGGGACUGGAUCAGAGGUAUCUCGCAAACUCCGUGAACUAGCGACUGCCAUGCAAUCUGCUGGUGACGAUGAAACCGCCAAAAUACUACGCAAAAUCUCCAACUCGCGCGGCCUAAUCACGUCAUUCCGUGCAAAGAUUCUAAGCGCUGAUCCAGACUUGGAUCCUAAAAAAUGGUUCAAAUACUGGCAAUCUGAGUCGGCCGACAAGUUAUCCGACAAGCAAGCGAUACGGCUUGCAGCGCUCACAGAAAGUUGGAACCAUCGGACCGGAAAGGACAUUGAAACAUUAAAACAUUGGAUUUCUAACCCAUCAGCAUUUUGGGGUAUGAAUCCAUUUCGUACACCAUUCGAAUUCGUGCAACAUUGUUUAGAGCUCGCAGACAGGCCUAAAGCGAACAGGGCAACGGAGAUUGACGGGAAAAAGGCGGACGGUAAAGAACCUAUACGACGCAGAGUUAGCCUCAUCAUUUUGUACGAUAUCAUCCACGAGGAAGUUUCGCGGUUAAGAAGCCAAUCCAAUCAGCUACGGCACCAAAAGUACCUCACUAGCGCCGUCAACAAUGUUGUGGCCAAGGCAUACCACUCUCAAAAUGCGUCGGAGCGAACUAAGCUACAUACCAGACUCACCCGUCUACAACGGUGCGGAGAGAAAUGGUCACAGCUCAAGCGCAGAGAGAUGGUACUAGCCCCUCUUGAUGAUUGUACGACUAACUUUGAAAAGAAAAAGAAUGAAAAUAUUGUGAUUGAGGCAUUGAAUGCUUUCGAAGAAACAAGGGAUGACGAGUACCGAAAGCACCUGCGGCUAGCGUUCAAGUCAAUAUACGAGGGAUGUAUACUGCAACGGAAUGCCGUAAGUGCUUCGGGACUCAACCUUUCUGUUACCGCGCCAAGUCACCAUCAUACAAGUUCUACCUCUGCUCUGUCAGAAACGGAUACUACGGGACAGGCCAGCUUAAAAACACCGCGAAAGCGCCGCUCUAUCCGAACAGGAAGCUCCGAAGAGAUGCAUAGUUUACCAUCAACAGCUAGAAAACGCUUAAAGCCUGUUCGGGGAACUGAGCCCAGAAUAUGCUCUAAAUCACCAUCCCAUUAUCCAGAUGGCGCUCCUGAUCGUUCACCGCGCGAUGCAGACAGCCCGGCAUCUACGAUCUUGCCCUUACAGGCGGCAUCAUCCCAACCUUCUCAUGCGUUGUUGAGCGGCGAUGUGUUUUCUCUUCCGUCGCAUAGUUCCCCUGUUGACCUGGCUCGGACUACAAUUCAUUCCCAACACCAAGGCUCCAUCGCUAAUAACGGCCUCUUGAUUAGUCGACGGACGCCCGCAAUCUCUUCAGACUUUCCAGAUUACAAUCCUCUUGAGCAUCUUUUUCCAGCUUCGGUCCCUUCCCAGCGCCCAGGCUACAAUCCACGUGAGAACCAAGAUCAAGCUUCAGUCCAUUCCCUGCCUGCAGAAGAUAAUCCGCGGGAGUGUCUUGACCAAUCCUCAUCCUCUUCCCAGCUUCCAGGUUACAAUUCUCUUGAGCACCUUGUUUCAACUUCAAUCCCUUCCCAGCUCCCAGACUACAAUCCACUUGAGAACCCUGGUCAAGCUUCAGCCCCUUCCCAGCCUGCAGACGAUAAUCUGCGGGAGCGUCUUGCUCAAUCCUCAUUCCCUUCCCAGUUUCCAGGUUAUAAUCCACUUCAGAACACUGACCAAGCUUCAUUCUCUUCCCAGCUCCCAGACUAUAAUCCACUUGAAAACUUUGUUCAAGGUUCAUUCUCUCCUCAACUUCCAGACUAUGAUCCACUUGAAAACUUUGCUCAAGCUUCUUUCCCUUCUCAGCUUCCAGAUUAUGAUUCGCUAGAGAAACCUGAUCAUGUUUCAAUUCCUUCCCAUCCUCUAAACUAUGAUCCGCAGAAGCAUUUUGUUCAACCUUCAGUCUCUCAGCUAUUUCCAGAUUACAAUCCACUUGAUAACUUUGCUCAAUCUCAAGUCACUUUACAGCCUCAAGAGUACGAUCCUCCUGAGCACCUUACUCAAUCUCCACACUCUCAUGUUUUUCCGGAUUAUAAUCUCUUCCAUAUGCAUGCUGCAACUUAG